AAUCUGCAUCACAUUUAUAAUCUUUGACCAAUAGCUGUUGAAAAAAACUAAUAAAACCUCCUCAUUUCAAUUCUGGACGUUCAGUAUAUAAAGACGGUGUUAGAAUAGUUUAAUCAGAUCGAAACAAAAAGUUGAUCCAAAUAGCAAAAUGAAAUUCCUAGUAGUUCUCGCCGUAGCCGUGGCUUGCGCCAGCGCUGACGUGUCUCACGUCGUGAAGGAUGACUUCCAUGCUCCCAUCGAGUCAUCUUCCUUCGACAUCGAACCUCAGGGAGACUUCAAGUACUCUUUCAAAACCGGCAAUGGAAUCUACGCCGAAGAAUCUGGUGUCCUCAAGAACGCUAACUCGGACUACCCCUCUUUGGACGUGAGCGGUGGCUUCAAAUACACCUCCCCCGAGGGCCAGGCCAUCGAACUGUCCUACGUCGCUGACGAGAACGGAUACAGACCCCAGGGAAGCCAUCUGCCCGUUGGACCCGAAAUCCCCGCAGCCAUCAUCCGCAGUUUGGAGUACAUCGCAGCUCACCCCCCACCAGCUGAGGUCGUAAGGGCCUCCCCCGCCAAACUCGGUUAAGAAGUAUGAAGAACAAACCCAAGCUAGUACAAACUCCACUGCCAUAAUAUUAUAGUCAAUAUAAAUUUGUUUCGAACAGUUGUAA